AUGGUCAAUUUUGAGUGCCCUGACUUGGCACCCAAUGAUUUGCGUGCGAAGUUCCAAGCUGGUGUUGCCAAUUUGGCCGCCGUAUCGUUACAGAUUGGUUACCCAACACCACACAGUGUUGCCAAUGGUUUCAAGAAUCUGUUGGCUAUUGCUGCUGCCACCGAAGUGGACUUCAAGGAAGCUGCUACCAUCAAGGAGUUCAUCAAGGACCCCAGCAAGUUUGUUGCUGCUGCUGCUGCCUCUGCUCCAGCUGCUGGUGCUGGCGCUGCUGCCGAAAAGAAGGAAGAAGCCAAAAAGGAGGAGUCGGAGUCCGAGGAAGACGACGACAUGGGUUUCGGUCUGUUCGACUAA